CUAAAUAUUUCCUACUGUUGCAGUUGGGUAAGGUAACCAUGGCCAAGGAGAAAUUGGAGGUGCUUACCGCACUCGAUGCAGCCAAGACACAAUUUUACCACUUCACUGCAAUUGUAGUUGCAGGAAUGGGUUUCUUCACAGAUGCCUAUGAUCUGUUCUGCAUCUCACUUGUCACCAAGUUGCUUGGUCGCAUCUAUUACACUAAAGAAGGAGCAGAAAAGCCAGGCACGUUGCCCCCAAAUGUAUCAGCCGCAGUCAAUGGUGUUGCUCUGUGCGGCACACUUGCAGGUCAGCUCUUCUUUGGCUGGCUCGGCGACAAGAUGGGUCGCAAGCGUGUCUACGGUAUAACCCUUAUUCUCAUGGUCCUCUGCUCCAUCUGCUCUGGACUCUCUUUAGGCCAAACCCCAAAAUCGGUUAUUGCGACACUCUGUUUCUUCCGUUUCUGGCUUGGGUUUGGCAUUGGUGGUGAUUACCCACUCUCCGCAACCAUCAUGUCUGAGUACUCCAACAAGAAGACUCGUGGUGCUUUCAUUGCUGCUGUGUUUGCUAUGCAAGGUUUUGGGAUUUUAGCUGGUGGAAUCUUCGCCAUUAUCGUUUCUUCAGCUUUUAGAGCCAAGUAUGACGCCCCUGCUUACCAGGUCGACCCAAUUGCCUCAACUGUGCCUCAGUUCGAUUACGCAUGGCGCAUUAUUUUGAUGUUCGGUGCCAUACCUGCUGCACUCACUUACUACUGGCGUAUGAAGAUGCCUGAGACCGCUCGUUACACUGCUCUUGUUGCGAAGAAUGCAAAACAAGCAGCGGCCGACAUGUCCAAGGUUUUGCAGGUUGACAUUGAAGCAGAACAAGAGAAGGUUGAGCAAUUGUCAGAGAAGAAAGAGAACUCAUUUGGUCUUUUCUCCAAACAGUUUCUCCUCCGCCAUGGGCUUCACUUGCUUGGAACCACCAGUACGUGGUUCUUAUUGGACAUUGCUUUCUACAGUCAGAAUUUGUUCCAGAAGGAUAUCUUCAGUGCUAUCGGAUGGAUUCCCCCUGCAAAGACCAUGAAUGCCAUUGAAGAAGUCUAUAGAAUUGCAAGGGCACAGACUCUUAUUGCUCUGUGCAGUACCGUUCCUGGAUACUGGUUUACGGUUGCCUUUAUCGAUGUCAUUGGGAGGUUUGCGAUUCAAUUGAUUGGUUUCUUCUUCAUGACAGUGUUCAUGUUUGCAAUUGCCAUUCCUUAUCAUCACUGGACACUGAAGGAAAACAGAAUUGGUUUUGUUAUACUGUACUCUUUGACCUUCUUCUUUGCGAAUUUUGGCCCUAAUGCUACCACAUUCGUAGUGCCAGCAGAGAUCUUCCCAGCCAGGCUGAGGUCAACAUGCCAUGGCAUCUCAGCAGCAGCUGGUAAAGCAGGGGCCAUAGUGGGGGCAUUUGGGUUCCUCUAUUUAGCUCAAAACAAGGACAAGACCAAGACUGAUGCAGGCUACCCACCUGGUAUUGGAGUUAAGAAUGCACUCAUAAUGUUGGGUGUGAUCAAUUUCUUUGGCAUGAUCUUUACACUGUUGGUGCCCGAGUCUAAGGGGAAAUCCCUUGAGGAGAUGUCAGGUGAAUUUGAAGAAGAAAACAAGAAUGCUCAAGAACAGAGUAGCAGGUCGGCUAGAGCAGAACCAUCAACCAUUCCAGCUUAA